AUGGAGGGAGCUUCCGUGACAGCAGCCACGGGGGUCUUGGGGCCCGUUGUCGCGAAGUUGGGUGCUUUGCUGGGCAGCGAGUACAAGCUUCGGCGCCAGACUCGGAAGGACAUCAAGUUCAUCAAAUCCAAGCUCAAGUCGGUGCACGCUAUCCUUUGGGCAAUAUGGGGGAAGGAGACUCUUGAUGCGCAAUCCAAGGAGUUAAAGAAGGAAGCGCUGGAUCUCGCCGAUGAUAUGCACGACGCCAUCGACGACUUCAUCCUCACCAUGGAGCCCAGCCGCAGAAACAAGCACCUGAAGAUACAGAUCAAGAUCCAAGCAAGCCCCUUCCAAGAUUUCAGGACAAGAGUAAAUGAAGUGUUGGGCCGGUGCCACAGCAAUUGGAAGUGGGAGAAGAACAAGUCUGCUGAACCCAACUUUAGCUUGUUUUCAAGAAAAAAUGUCAAAUCCAGCCCCCCAAGCAAACUGCCUCCUCCUCGAGCUCCAUUUGUUCACAAGGAUGCGUCAGAACUCGUUGGUAUGGGAAAAUGGAGGGAUCAGCUCAUCAGAUACCUGCUAGGAGAAGAAGAGAGCACAAUGGUGCAGCCACAGCUCAAAAUGUCAUCCAUUGUUGGAAUGGCCGGUGUGGGGAAGACAACGUUGUGUAUAAGGAGAUUGGAAAUAAGUUCCAAUCCCGGGCUUUUGUGUCCGUCACUCCAACUCCCAACAUGA